AUGAAGCCGUUGCGCGAGUUCUUCAUUCCUUCCGUCCAUGACGGAACCCGGCUCAGUUGCCGCAUAUAUCAGCUCGACGGCAUAAACUACCAAGAACUGCCAGCCCUCAAAGCAGCCAUUGUCGCUCACCCAUACGCCUCUCUCGGAGGAAGUAAUGAUGACCCCGUCGUGGCUUCGAUUACGACCGAGCUCGUACGGAAGGGGUAUAUUGUGCUUACUUUGAAUUUCCGUGGCGCAAGUUAUUCGGGUGGCUCAACGAGCUGGACUGGCAAACCUGAGAUGGGAGAUUACAUCUCUGCCUACGGAUUCAUCUUGAAGUAUAGUCAGCUCCUGGCCCCGGGGAAACAUGUUGAGCUGGUGCUAGCUGGAUAUUCAUAUGGAUCAAUGAUAGCAUCGCAUCAACCUAACGUCGACGAUGUGAUUUCCAUAUUCAGCAAACCGACCGGCGAUUCACUCGCUGCCCGGAUUCUCGCCAAAGCCAAGAAAUUGAUCACCAGCGCAGAAGAGGAGACUGAAGAAGAGUUCUACGGAACUGAAGAGGUGCAAUUAGACGACGAUACUGCGAGCGAUUUACCGCCAGCCAAGAUCUCGUUUCUUCUGGUUUCGCCCAUUCUUUCAUAUGCCCUCGGAUUCGUGACGCUAUGGGGCAAUUUGACAAAGCUGUCGGUGCAGGGGCAUAAUAUCGUCACGCCGGCGCUUGAAGAACGGCUGCCCAAAUUUCGGUCACUGAUUGUAUACGGUACCGAUGAUAUGUUUACAUCUGAAAAGAAGUUACAGAAUUGGACCAAGAAGUUGAAAGACGCGCCGGAGAGUCAAGUCGACGUGGUGGAGGUUCGUAUGGCAGGACAUUUCUGGGUGGAGCCGUCCUUCCAUCAGAAGUUGAGACAGGCUAUUAGUGGCUGGCUGGAACAGAAGUAG